UACCGCCUCAGGAGAAUUACCGCUAUACCCCUUCCAGCUUACGCACGGUCUAGCUCAAUUUAUAUGGUCUUGGCAUCAUCCGCUAUGUCAGCACAGCAGUGAUGGGCGUCACCCCUCCUGAUGAGGAGGGCUGGUGACGAGGCCUCAAGCCCGGUAAUGACCGUGACCAUUCAACAAUAAUGACUAGUCGGCGAAAUGACAGCUCAUUGCUGUUACCUCCGUCAGUUUCAGACUUGCUCGAACCAAAGAACCUGGAAGUAUCCAAUCAUUGAACUUCCCUCCUCAGCAGUCUUCCAUCCUCAGUCGACUGCCCCCAUACUCGUCUCCCCCAUACUCGUCUCCCCCGAUACUCGUCUGCCCCCCAUAUUCGUCUGCCCCCAUACUCGUCUCCCCCGAUACUCGUCUGCCCCCAUAUUCGUCCGCCCCCAUAUUCGUCUGCCUCCCAUACUCGUCUCCCCCGAUACUCGUCUGCCCCCUAUAUUCGUCCGCCCCCAUACUCGUCUGCCGCCCAUACUGCUCUGCUCUCCAUACUGGUCCGCCCUCCUUAGUACACUUCCCUCGUCAGGAGUCGCCCCUCCUCCGUAGACCUCUCUCCACGGUAGACGCUCCCUCUGGUAUGAAUGUCGUUGCGUUUUCAAACUUUACGCACGAGGUAGUGCUCGGGGAUUUCCCCUGUUCUACAAUACGUAUCUUCUAACCCCUUGAUUUUGGCUUAACUCAAGCUGUAAUUGACGUCCGCACAAGUCUGCUAAUGAACUAUCAGGUAAUC